UGCAAGAAUGUGUUAAAAUGAUGCAUUGUGCCAGGAGCAUAAGAACAGCAAGAAAUGUCAAGGCAUAUGUCAUUCAGUUUUUCACAGGAUGAGCACCUCUGUUGUGUAUUUCUAUCCUUAGGUGGCCGUGGACAGCAGUUGCCUGGGGUCUUUCGUGGCUACCCUCUAAUAACCCCCAAAUCAGGGGCAGGAAAAUCAAAGAAACCAGGCAAAGCUGCAGCUAAAUAUGGUGGAACUGGGGCUGGAGGAGGAGCACUAGGUCAAGGAGGUGCUUUGGGUGUUGGGAGUCAAAGACUCGCAGGAGGAACUGGAGUUGCACCUGGACUUGGAGGUGGAACUGGAACAGGAGCUGGACCUGGAUUUGGAGGUGGAGUUGGACCAGGAGCUGGACCAGGAUUAGGAGCAGGAGUUGGAACAGGUAAAAAGGCUGCUUUCACACUUUUUUGUUUGUCCACGUUACUUUUUCAAAAGUGGUCCGAAUCUGAUUUGAAAGAUCAGAUUUCAAUGUGAUUUGUGCUGCUAAGCCUAUCAUGUUAAAAAUCUCAUCUCAGUCCAAAAAAUCGGAUUCAGCUUACUUUGGCCUGCAGUGAAUGCAGUUUUAGAGGCUUUUUUCCAUCUUUUAGAGGGGGUAGUAUUUAAACAUUCACUAAUGUUUUCACAAUUCUUACAAUAGUUUCAAUGUUCCAACAAAAAUCUCCUUUUACAUAUCGCAUACGAUUUGGCGUAAUUUGCACAAGUUACAUUGUACUGGGUUAUCUUUUACUUGGACAUGUUUUGUGCCACAGGUUAUGGUCCUGGCUCAGCCAAAGCCCGCAAAUAUGGUAAAGAAAAUGUACAUAAUUUACCAAUGUUAUCAUAAAAUAUGGAAAAAAAACCACCAAAGAACCUCUAUUAUUCUGCUUUUGAAACCAUU